GUGGAGUUGCUGAUCCAGGAGCUGCGGAGGCCGAAGUACAGCAUCUACUUCAUCUAUUUCAGUAACGUGAUCAGCAAGAGUGACGUCAAGUCGUUGGCUGAGGCUGACGAGCAGGAAGUUGUGGCUGAAGUUCAGGAGUUCUACGGCGAUUACAUUGCAGUGAAUCCACACGUUUUCUCUCUCAACCUCUUGGGCUGCUGCCAGGGUCGCAGCUGGGAUCCGGCUCAGUUGUCCAGGACGACUCAAGGGCUGACCGCUCUGCUGUUGUCGCUGAAGAAAUGCCCCAUGAUUCGGUACCAGCUCUCCUCCGAGUCAGCAAAGAGGCUUGCUGAAUGUGUGAAGCAAGUAAUCACUAAAGAGUACGAGCUGUUUGACUUUCGGCGCACCGAGGUUCCUCCUUCUGCCAUCACGCCGCUGCUGACCCAGUGGACGUACCAGGCUAUGGUUCACGAGUUGCUGGGGAUUAACAACAACCGCAUCGACCUCUCUCGGGUACCGGGGAUAAGCAAGGAUCUCCGAGAGGUCGUCCUGUCUGCCGAGAACGACGAGUUCUACGCCAACAACAUGUACCUGAACUUUGCGGAGAUUGGCAGCAACAUCAAGAAUCUUAUGGAGGAUUUCCAGAGGAGGAAACCAAAGGAGCAGCAGAAGCUGGAAUCCAUAGCGGAUAUGAAGGCAUUUGUGGAGAAUUACCCGCAGUUCAAGAAGAUGUCGGGCACGGUAUCGAAGCACGUGACAGUAGUGGGAGAGCUCUCUCGACUGGUUGGUGAGCGGAACCUGCUGGAGGUGUCUGAAGUGGAGCAGGAGCUGGCCUGCCAGAAUGACCAUUCCAGUGCUCUCCAGAACGUGCGUCGCCUCCUGCAGAACCCCAAGGUGACCGAGUUUGACGCUGCCCGGCUGGUGAUGCUUUAUGCCCUGCACUACGAGCGGCACAGCAGCAAUAGCCUGCCGGGGCUGAUGACGGACCUCAGGAACAGGGGUGUGUCGGAGAAGUACCGAAAGCUCGUGUCUGCCGUUGUGGAGUACGGAGGGAAACGGGUGCGGGGCAGCGACCUGUUCAGUCCCAAGGAUGCUGUAGCCAUCACCAAACAGUUCCUCAAAGGACUGAAGGGUGUUGAGAAUGUGUACACGCAACACCAGCCUCUCCUUCAAGAAACACUGGAUCAGCUCAUCAAAGGGAAACUCAAGGACAGCCAGUACCCCUACUUGGGUCCCAACACGCUCCGUGACAGGCCCCAAGAUAUUAUCGUGUUCAUCAUUGGGGGGGCAACUUACGAAGAGGCCCUGACUGUCUACAACCUCAACCGCACCAACCCGGGGGUCCGGAUCGUCCUGGGUGGGACCACAAUCCACAACACAAAAAGCUUCCUUGAGGAAGUCACAGCUUCGGGGUUCCGCGGCCGAAGUACCGAGAGCUCUCAUGUUGCGCCAAGGUCAAGCAGCAGACGGUGA